CCGCUCCGAACCAAACUCACCCGCACGACCCACUACCCGGUAGCGAUACUGGUACCGACCUCUCGGACGGGUCACUACCUCGACGACAGCCUCGUAAACAACCGUCCUUGAUGAAAGGUCUCCGAGGGAGUUUGUUUGGGCUCUUGCAUAGAGGAGAAGGAGAGGAAGGGAGGAUGCGGCGCAAAGAGAGCAAGGCGGAUCUUCGGGCCCAGGUUUUGGUGGAUAAUGCUGCGGGAAGGGGAGCGUCAAUCGACCUUCGGAGGAAGAAGAGCUUUGCAUACGGAGAAGGACAGCAAGAUGAUCUAUCGCCACCUUUACCCUCUCCGAUAUCCCACAUCGCGGCGCCCUCGCCAUCACCUUCAAACCGGCCGCAUUUACGAAGAUCGAGCAAUUCGGCUCCCAAUGAUGUCCCUCAAACUCGUUUGUUCUCUCCCAUCACCCUGCACAAAGCUUACGGACCGUCCUCCUACAAAAUGGACAAGGACAUGCCGGCUUCAGACUCGAUCGAAUCCCUCACUUCGCCACCGCAACGAUCAAACUCUACAUUCGCCAAGACUUCGAGCCCUCGUCAGGGGCUGGGUGAUACCUCGACCGGAGCAGGUCCGAUGACCAGAAAGCUCAGGAGCGGGAGCGAUACGGCGGCGUGGGAGAGGAAAGAAAGGGCAGCUUUCCCUAACAGACCUCGACAGGACCUCGCUGAGCGAGAUACGACACUGAAAUCCAGUAUCCAGAGCACAGUCCCUCCGACGAUUCCCGCUAGAAACCUGGCCGAUGUGUUCUCUGCACCGCCUCCCGUCCAGACCAACCUGAUCCCCCCGACCGUACUCAAACACCGCCCCCGUUCCCAAUCAUGGAGCGCCUCGAACUGCCUCGACGGUGCCAAUUUCGAGGUCCCACCUAUCAAAGGCUUGAGAUUGCAAAAGAAAAGAUCAGAACCGAUCCUGAAUGCCAAGUUUACCGAGGUGCAACCUGGUCAUCCGUCCAUCCCAUCGAGGACCACGGCAGGAUCACUGGGAUCCAGUCUUCAACCGGUCGAGCCUCUUCAUCUUCGCAAGAACGAGUCGACUAAUCGAGAUUCGCAAGCCGAAACCCGGCCCAGCUUGCUAGCUUACCUGGAAAACAGAUAUUCGCGGGAUUCGAACUCGAGCUCGUCCCACCUUUCUUCUACGUUGACCAACCCUUACGACCCCAGACUCAUCGAUAACGACAUUUACAUUUCACCCACUCGGACGGUUCUGGAAGACCAGGAGGCAGCGAUGAAAGCCCUGGAGGACGCGUUGAAUGGACCCCGGAGUGGCGGGACGGCUGUAGGAGCAGGAGCUUCGAGCGGAUGGCCCGUGGUGGAUUUCGGGUUUGAUGAAACGGACCAUCCGAGUGCUUCCGUCACACCUCGACCGAUCAGUCCGAAGCACAAAGUAGGGGACUCUCCUCAGCUCGAAAAGUAUAUUGAUGUGGAAAGAGGACAAGGGAACGAGGCGAAGCCGAACAGGGCAGGGUCGGUGUCUGGGCUCAACAGGACGCCGCCGAGAGAACCUUUACCUCGGCUCCCAGUUACACGAACGGCAUUAUCGUCAUCGAAUCGACAAACUCUCAACUCUCUCGGAUUACCUCUACCACCGCCAUCUCACCACCAGAUCUUGCCUGGUUCCUUGAAAAAACAACUCGUCCUCCAAGAAGCCCAUCAGAUGGACCCCGCAUCGACUCUAUCACAGUCGGAAUCGGAACUGGAUCCUUCACUACAACUCCCCCGAUUGAGCUAUUCCUACAGCAAACCGAGGUCUUCCGGCAGGUCUGACUCCAAGCAUCAUUCGAGCUCCAGGGAUUCGAGAGGAUCCACCGGGAGACCUUCCCUGCGAGGAUUAGGAAGUCUAAAGGUGGAACCGUAUAGCCAAACUAAUAGGGAUUCGAGGUAUACAGAGGAAGACGGGGCGAGACAGCCGAGAUUGGUCGAGGUCGUCUUUCCUCGUUCGGCGCCUGCUGCGAGGUCGGAAUUUCCUCGCGAUCAAGAUAUUGGCGGAUAUGCAAGCGGGCAAGGGGAUAGUGGAGUGGGCGCGAGCGGAGAGGGAGAAGAAGGGGAAACCGAACUAGGCAGGAUGAAGAUGAUGUGGGAGCGAGAGAAGGCGGGCAAGAGGAGGUUGGAGGACGAGUUGAUGGUUCUUCAAGGGAAACAUCUUGGGGCGGUCAGUCGGAUCGCUAGGCUGGAACAAGAGAACGAGCAGCUGCGAAGACGCGUUUCCGAAGGAGUGUCGUUGCCGUCCCUUCCGAGUUUCGGGAGUUCGACUUCGACUACCUCGACGAUGAUGCUCUUGAUGACCCCGGAAAAGGACAGGGACAGGACGCCUGGACGAGAGCAACAACAGCAAGAUCAGCAAAAGCAGAAAGAGAUGCAUUCGAGGUACGGAUCGAUGGAUACGAUCGAUCGGUUGGAGGUGGAUCUGGGAUCGCCGUUUGCGAAGAGACGGGAGUCAUGAAACGCGAUGGACAACGUGAUGUGAAACACGGUCGGUGGCUGCGUUAUAACGUGGAUCGGGGCUGUAGUUGUUUACUUUGUGUGUGUAGACGGAUGGAUGGAUGACCCGGGGGG